AGUUGUCAAUUGUAAAUUCCAUUUGGUUUGUUUUUGUUUUGUGUUUGAGUAUUUCGAUUUUCUGGUAUUUGGUGUUUGCUUGAGCCCUUUGAACAGUUUGUAAAUUAUUUAAAUCCUCAAAGUCAUGGUAAUGGAAAAUAAAAGAAAAGCCGAAGAAUCGGCCCUAGUGUCGGUUCAGAAGAAAUCGAAAAAUGAGGUGGCCCUCAGCAGUAAUAAAAACAAACAAGUCAGUCAGUUACAGCCUGCUCCUGCACGUACCUCCAACCUUUUUGCACCUAUUAUGGUUUGUGAAGGCCACGAGGGCGAAAUAUUUUCUGUUGAUUUUCAUCCUGAGGGACAGUAUUUUGCCUCGUCUGGUUUUGAUAGAAAAAUUUUUCUAUGGAGCGUCUAUGGAGAAUGCGAAAACAUAUCGGUAAUGACCGGACACACCGGCGCAGUAACAGAACUACAUUUCACCACGGAGGGAGCGAACAUCAUUACAGCAUCCACCGAUCACACGUUGGGACUUUGGGAUUUGGUGACCGGAGAAAGAAUCAAAAAAUACAAAGGCCACACUUCGUUUGUAAAUUGUGCGCAACCUUCGAGAAGAGGUCCGCAAUUGAUUGUAUCCGGAGGCGACGACAGUACAGUGAGAAUAUGGGACCAAAGAAAAAAGCAGUGCUCUUUCAGUAUGAACUCGGUUUAUCAAACUACUGCUGUCAGUUUUAAUGAUACUGCUGAGAAUGUUUUUACUGGUGGGAUUGAUAAUGAUGUUAAGGUUUGGGAUCUUCGUAAACGCGAAAUCCUCUACACAAUGAAAGGACACACUGACACGAUAACCGGUUUGGCGCUCAGUGCGGAUGGCUCUUACUUAUUGAGCAAUUCCAUGGACAACACGUUGAGAAUUUGGGAUGUCAGGCCUUACGCCCCCUCGGAACGAUGCGUAAAAGUUUUCAGCGGACAUCAGCACAAUUUCGAAAAGAAUUUAUUAAGGUGCGCUUGGUCUCCAGAUGGAAAUAAAGUAAGUGGUGGUUCUGCUGACAGAUUCGUCUACAUUUGGGACACAACGUCCAGAAGAAUCAUCUAUAAAUUACCCGGACACACUGGUUGCGUUAACAGCGUAGCGUUUCAUCCAAAUGAGCCUAUAGUGGCUUCAGGAGGUAGUGAUAAAAUGGUUUACAUUGGUGAAAUUGAUUGAGAUGUUCUAUUUCUGAAUAAACAUGUAAUUAUAACAAUAGUUGGUGUUUUAUUUUUAUUUUGGUUAUUGAAGAAGAAUC